AUGCCGUCGUCCCCCUUUCGAUGUCCCCAAGAGGUUGAAGGUAGUGGUGGUGGGCCACCGGCAUCGUCUUACGAUGCAAAAAAGAAGAACCUCGCAGCUGCCGAUAUAGAGUGGGAAGCGUCGGGUAUAGGUCCGGAUGACGAAGAUGGUGACGUGGUGGAAGGUUCUGGAGACGAUGAAGUGCACGGCUCCGGUGAUGGGCCUCCACCGGUGAGGAUACCACCAGUAGUAAUACAACACACAACAACAACAGCCACACAACCGCCAGCUGUGAGUUGUUUCAUCUUAUUUCUUAUGUAG